AUGAUAAAUUAAACAAAAACAUAACUUUUCGAAGUUUUUAAAAAAUUCGAUAAGGAUGGCAAUGGCUAUGUAGAAUCAAAUGAAUUAAUUGAGAUUAGCAGGUAGAUGAACGAAGAAAUUACACAGGAUGAUGUUGAUAGAGUAUCCUUCAAUUAUCAAUUUUUAGUUGAUGAAAGUUGUUGAUUCCAAUGGAGAUGGUAAAAUAUCAUUUGAAGAGUUUUGGAAUUGGUGGCAAUUUGGAAAGAACGAAAAACUAGAGAAACUAGUAUUUAUGAAAUUGAAAUUGAUGAAUAUGCUAAAAUCCAUAAAUUCUGAAUUUACAAGAUUUGGAGUCUCUCUUGAAUAGAAAUAUGAACCUAAAUUAGAUCACCAUUAUUGGGCAAUUAAUUAUGGAGAUUUCUAAUCCCAUUUUAAAUUCAAUGUCAAAUUCAAAUAUAGAGGCUCAGGAGUUCAAGAAGAUAUUUAACAAGAAGUUGGUGUUCCAUAAUCAGAAUCGCUACAAAUUGUGUUCAUUUUCAGAGCAAUUAAACCGGCUUUAGCCAAAGAAAAACUAGAAUAAUUAUGGAAUGAGUAUAAAGACAAUCUGAGAGAAAAGCAGGAUUAAUUUCUCCUUCCAAUAAUAGAAGGUUCAUUAAAUAUUGAAUUUCAAGAGAGGAAAGACUCAGUUGCCAUAGUAAUCAAUGUGAGUCAUCCAUUGAUUGAUAUGACAUUUGAAUCGGGAUAUUUACCUUAUUGUUAAAAAUUAGGUCAAGAUGUUGAAUUAUCUUUGGAGUUUCUAUUUGGAAUCAAGAAUGGAAUCACAAAAUUAAUGAAAAAGGAUCAGAUAUUUAUAAAGUAUUUAUUGGAAGGCUUUAUAAUGGAAUUUAAGGCUGCUUUUAAUAGUGAUCUAGGCAAGAAACUUGCUGGUGUUAUUAUAGCUAGUAUUGGAUAAUAAGCUGCUAAAAAGUUAGUUCAACAAAAAGGAAGAAGAUUGUAAGAAGAAAUCUUAUGGCCUAUGCUAUUUAAGAGUUCAAAGUUUCAUUUAUAGUUUAAAAAUAUGGAAGAUGUCAAUUAAUUUUUGAAAUCUUUGGGUUUAUCAGAUUUGGCUGACGAUUAACCAACAGCAAGAUAAUUAAUAGAUGAACUUAAAGGUGACUUUAAAUUGUAAUAGAUUAAAAAUCCAAAAUCAGAUUUAUAUUUCGUUUAUAGAGUACUUUUAUUUCAUAUCCAUAGCUACUUUCAGUUUUAGCAGAGUAUUUCAUAGCUCAAGGUACAAUAAAUAUAAAUAUUCCUUUUGCUUAUUUAAAUGUUUCUUUUAAUUUUGAAGGUUUGAAAGAAGUGUUUGAUGCAGUAUUUGAUCACGAUAAGUAAAAGCAGUAGAAGAUCAUUUGAUUUUAUUAAUUUCACAUAAAAACC